GGAGGCCCAACAUAGCCGCAAAAGAACGUAAUAGUGGGUAUUUUCGCACCGUUGAGCCCCGGUGCGCAAGCCUUCUGAUUUUUUUUUUGUUUUGGAUACGUUGUCAAAGAAAUGGGGCUGGCUGGGUUGAUAUAUAUGGAGACCCUCUUGCUCUUGGGGAGGAAAGUACAAUCCAUCCAAUCUUCUAUUUGCUUUCGUACACUUUGAUCUUUCCUCGCGAGUCUUGAAUAAAAGUCUUUCUUAAGUAUUGGCAUUUUCUUCUGAUAUCCCGGCGCAUCAUCUCUCAUAAUGUCGGAACAUCCUUGGAGUCGGACACCUUUGAUCGAAUCCGCUGCUUUAUCUAAAGUUGCAGGAUGUAGAAUAUUCCUCAAACUAGAGAACUUCCAGCCCUCAGGGUCAUUCAAGUAUCGCGGCAUCAGCAACUUAAUGCGGAGCGCAACACACGGAAAGCCAUCAUCAGAACUCACCAACCUCCAUUACUACUGCUCAUCUGGAGGAAAUGCUGGAAUUGCCUGUGCAACUGCUGCGAAAUCAAUGGGAUAUCCUGCUACUGUUGUCGUUCCUACAGCCACAUCUGCUUUCAUGGUUGCGAAGCUCCAGAAUCUCGGUGCGGAUGUUCAUAGAGUUGGAGCUAGCUGGGUUGAUGCCGAUCGACAUUUGAGGGAGAACUUGCUUUCCAAGAACCCGCACGGGUUUUACGUUCCACCUUUCGACAACCCAAUCAUCUGGGAAGGCGCCUCGACGAUGCUGGAAGAAGUCUAUGAGCAGAUACCAGAGGAUGGAGCGUUCGAUGGUGUCGUUUGCAGCGUUGGAGGUGGUAGCUUGCUCACUGGCAUCAUGAUGGCGAUGGAGAGACAUCCUCGCAAAGACGGCAAGGUUCCAAGAGUCCUGGCUGUGGAGACCCAGGGAGCCGACAGCUUGAACGCGAGUCUGAAAGGAAACAAGCAUAUCGCUUUACCGAAGAUUACCAGCAUAGCGACGUCCUUGGGCGUUGUGCGUGUUGCAUCGAGAGCGUACGAGCUGGCUCAAAAGAGCAACGUUGACAGCAUUGUGCUCAGCGACGCGGAAGCUGCGAUGGCAGCAGUCAAGUUCGCUGAGGAUGAAGACAUGCUUGUCGAGAUCUCGUGUGGAGCUGGAUUGGCAACAGUGUACAACGGUGCUCUGAGAAAAUCCAUGAGCCAAGAUCUGUCAGAUGAGGAGUGGCGGGAGAAGAAGGUGGUAGUAGCAGUUUGCGGUGGCAGCGAUGUGACAACAAGAUUACUGGACGAGUACCGGGAAAGAUUCUCGUCGAUGCACCAAGUGUGGGUGCUCUCGCGGGAUUUGAUACUUUCGGCAAAUCAAGUUUGGAGGUCAGACGCCGAAACUUUAACCCUUGGCAAGUGUGACCUCAAUUGGAUGGUGAAUCAAUGA